AUGUGGUUACAGCAUACUGAUUGCGUUAAUGUAAUUGAACAAGGCUGGAUGACUCCAGUAACUGGUGAUUUCAUGGGUCAGGUUGGUAGAAAAAUCAAGCAGACUGGUACUCUGUUGCAACGGUGGCAUUCUGGUGUUUUCCAGCAGCGACAAACUGAGAUAAAGCUUAUACAAGGAAAGUUGGAUGAUCUUAUGAGGAAAGAUUACGAGGUCAGUCAUUUUGAUGAGCAGAAGGCAUUACAAUUUCGUCUGAAUGAGCUUUUAUCACUUAAUGAAACUUACUGGAGGCAACGAUCUCGGAUUCAAUGGUUACGAGAUGGUGACCGGAAUACUUCAUUCUUUCAUAGAAGGGCGUCUAAUCGACGCUGCAGGAAUCGAGUUAAGGGCUUGCGUAAUGGUCAAGGACAAUGGACCUCCCAACCUAUUGAGGUGUCUGAUAUUUUAAUCAACUACUAUGAAACUAUUUUCCGUUCGGAGACAGUUGAUAGUAUUGCUCUAGAGACCAUUCUGGACUCCAUGCAACCUAAAGUUACAGAGGAGAUGAAUAGAGAUCUUGUAGCUUCUUAUACUGAUUCCGAAAUCAAGAAGGCCUUAUUCCAAAUGCAUCCGUCUAAAUCCCCCGGACCUGAUGGUAUGUCUCCUUGCUUUUUUCAAAAAUUCUGGAACGUGGUUGGUCAUGAUGUUUGCAUGGCUGUUAGGGAUAUACUUCUUACAGGAAGGAUUUCACAGGAAUCGAAUUUUACUCAUUUGACACUCAUUCCAAAAAUUAAAGAGCCACAGGUACCUUCUGAUCUAAGACCUAUUGCAUUAUGCAAUGUGGUUUAUAAGAUUGCUUCUAAGGUCUUGGCCAACAGAUUAAAGUGUAUUCUUCCUCACAUUGUCUCUCCAUUGCAAAGCGCUUUUGUUCCCGGGAGGCUUAUCUCGGAUAAUACCUUAGUGGCUACAGAGGUAGCACACUUUAUGAAGAAACUUCGACAUCAGGCUGAUGGUUUCUUCUCCCUUAAGCUUGACAUCUCCAAAGCCUAUGACAGACUAGAAUGGCAGUAUGUGGAAGCAGUGUUACUCAAACUUGGCUUCUGUCGACAAUGGGUGGAUGUUGUGCUCGCUACUAUUAAAUCUGUUAGCUACUCUAUCCUUAUGAAUGGCACCCCAACUGGUUUCAUUGUUCCAACUAGGGGAAUUCGACAAGGGGACCCAUUGUCUCCUUAUCUCUUUAUUUUGUGUGCUGAAGGGCUUUCUUCGCUUAUCUCUUCCUCUAUACAGAACGGAACUAUCAAAGGACUCUUGAUGUCGCCUACUGCCCCAGUACUUCAUCACUUGUUAUUUGCUGAUGAUAGUUUUCUUUUUGGAGAGGCUUCUGUUCGAGAGUGUCAAGCAUUUAAGAAUUUGCUUUCUAUUUAUGCUCGGGCUUCGGGGCAGAUGAUCAAUCUACAAAAGUCUAGUGUUGUCUUCAGUGGUAAUGUUAGUAGGCAGGUUAUUAAUCAACUUUCCUCUAUUCUUGGAGUGACCUGCGUUAAGGAGCAUGGUCUGUAUUUGGGAUUGCCUAUUCACGUAGGACGUAACAAGACAACUAUUUUUUCUUACCUGAAAGAAAGACUUUCCAAGAAGUUAAUCAGUUGGCGGUCUAAGAUUCUCAGUGCAGGUGCAACUUUGUUCUCAAUUUUUUUGGGGAAAUACAGAUGGGAAAAGAAAGAUUCAUUGGAGAUCUUGGGAAAGAAUGUGUGUUUCCCAAGAAUGUGUGUUCCUAAGGAGGCUGGUGGCUUGGGUUUUAAACAUCUGCAUGCUCACAAUCUUGCCAUGUUAGCUAAGAAAGGUUGGCGACUUCUCUCGAAUCCAGAUUCACUUGUUGCACGGGUUUUUAAAGCUGUUUACCAUCCAUGGGGAUCUUUUCUUGAUGCUGACAUGGGUGAUAGACCUUCUUAUUCAUGGAGGAGCAUCAUGGAAGCUAGACCCGUGUUACAAGCUGGGUUAUUUUGGAGGAUUGGUAAUGGAACCUCUGUGAAGAUCUGGGAGCAUGCUUGGAUACCUAAUGUACCAUCUCAUUCCCUUGAGAAACCGAAUGAUACAGUUUUUGAAGUGGUUUCUGACUUGAUUAAUGCUCAGGAUUGUACUUGGGACAUCCCUGCUAUUCAUGCAUGUUUUCCUUCUAAUAUUGUUCCUCAGGUUUUGUCCAUUCCAUUAAGUCGGAGAGUGGGGGUGGAUAAGCUUGCUUGGAAACUUCAUAAACGAGGUCUCUUUUCAGUUAAAUCAGCCUAUACCAUUGCUCGUGAUUUUUCUAUUGGCCAUGUUUUUGCCUCGUCUUCCAAUGGGGAUACUUAUGCUCCACUUUGGAAAGCUUUGUGGAAAGCAAAUGUCCCUAACAAAGUGGUUAUUUUUGGAUGGAGAGCAGCUCAUAAUCUUCUUCCUACUCGAACUGCAUUAACAUCCAAAGGUUAUUCUGGUGAUCUUAAUUGUUGUGUUUGUUCAGAAUCUGUGGAAACCCUUGAGCAUUUGUUUCGAGAUUGUAGCAUUGCUAAGGAUAUUUUGGGUGCUCCUCCUUUUUCCCUUCCUUCUUCUCCACUGACUUGGAAAGAGUGGUUGCUGGACCGAGCCUCCAAUUUGUCUACUAGCUUGUUUGAUAAGUUAUUGGUUCUUUUAUGGAGCUUUUGGAAGAACCGAAAUGAGAAGCUUUGGAAAAAUCAGUCUCAAACUAGUCCAAGGUUGGUGGCAUCGUCUAUGGCCUGGUAUGAGGAGUAUCUACAGGCUAAUAAACCUUGUACCAUUGCCACAUCAGUUCAACAGAAAGCCAACGGUGUCCUUCGUGACUCUAUUGGUCAAUUCCUUGCUGCCUUCUCUAGUCGUGUGCAGUUUGUUAGUUCUCCAUUACAUGUUGAGCUUUUGGCUCUGAAGAAGGGAUUGGAGUUACUGCAGGCCAUGCAUAUUACGAAUGCAGUAGUCGAAAGUGAUUGCCUAAUGGCGGUACAAGCAAUUUAUGCUUGGGAUUGUGAUCUGUCACCAUUGAGAGCCUUAGUUGCUGAUGUCCGAAGUCUCCUUCACUCUAGUAUAGAUUUCUCCAUCACUUUUGCCCCUAGACAGGCUAAUGUUGUAGCUCAUAGGUUGGCUGCCCUUAGUUUUGAGUCGGAGAUACAAUGUGAAUGGUUUGUAACUGCUCCAGAUAUCAUACUGGAUGCCCUCAUGUACGAUUUUAAUCGUACCUAG